UCAUGAGUCACAGCUUGCUCAGCCCCCCAGGGAUGAAGGGAAGACCAGCGCUGGGCUAAGACCGGCACACCUGAGGCAUGGCUCCAUCACUGUGAUCCUGGGCCUCAGCCAUGCUGCUGUGGGAGAGUGGCCCCUGCUCACCAUCACCCCCCACCUCAGUGGCAAAAGUGCACUCUGCCAGCAAGGCAUAGCUUCUUCACCUCGCCUCCAAGAUGGCAAUCCAGUUCCGUUCACUCUUCCCCUUGGCAUUGCCUGGAAUGCUAGCGCUCCUUGGCUGGUGGUGGUUUUUCUCUCGUAAAAAAGAUCGACUCAGCAGCAAUGAUAAGCAGGUGGAGACACUGAAGGUUGGCCCUGCCAUCAAGGACCAACUCCUCAGUGAAGAGGCCUGUCCUAAAGUCCUGUGUGUGCCCCUCACUGUUACACAGCCUCCAGAAAUGGAACAGCUCUCUAUGGGCAAGUCUUCAACAGAACCCCCAGCCUUGCCAAGGCCACGUCAGGUUCGCCGAAGAUCAGAGUCCUCAGGCAGCCUCCCCAGCAACAUAGACACAAGGUCGCAGCCAUGUAGAGAUGACAGUUCAAAGGUGGAACUCUCCCUGAUGGGGGACGAAGCCAAAUCUAUUCCUCUCGGAUGCCCCCUUCUCCCAAAAGAUGUGCCCUUCCCCUUUGAAGCAGCGGAAGGAUGUAAGCAGGAGUCUGCUUUGGGCAAAACACCUGGAAGGGCCUGGCUCGGCCAGUGCACAGCCUCUGGAGAGAAAGCAAGAGAGACAGGCGGAGUCGAGGGGAAUGGAGACGCGGUGUUGGGGGAAAAUGUACCCGAGGAAGGCCCGUUGUCCCAGGAGCAUGGCUCAGAAGUGGAGAAAAGUGAGAUUCCAAGCCUGGCCCCCUGGGGAGGAGCGGGAGAGGAGCUGAGCAAUGGCUCCCCACAGGUGGCUGAGCUUGCAAAGAAGAAAGAAUAUGGUAUCGUCGGGAAGUUGCCAAGUAGCUUUGUGGAGCCAGUUCACUCAGAGCUGGUUAAGGAUGAGCACGCGUUGGAAGCCCAGGUCAGAGGUAGUGAUACUUGGGACAGAGACCUGCCUAGAGAACAGGUCAAAGAGGAGACCUUGCCUAAAAAUGAUGAGAUUGAACAGGCUGCUUUCCAGAUUAUCUCCCAGGUGAUCUUGGAAGCGACUGAAGAGAUGCGGGCCACCACGAUGGGCAAGACUAUGGCACAAGUACAUCCCACCUCGGCCACUCGGCCCCAGGAGCUGAAGGAGACCUGUGUCCCAGCCAUCCAGGAAACUGGCCUGGGACAAGACCCCCCAGAUCCUGUUUCCACUACAGCAGGUGCCGCUGCCAGCCCAUUAGCAGAAGCCCUGCCACCAAAGACCUACGUGAGCUGUCUUAGCAGCCCUCUGCCGAGCCCCACCAAGGACCAGAAGCCAAAGAUCUCUGCACACCACAUCUCCCUGGCCCCCUGCCCAUCACCAGUUACCCGCCUGAGACAGUCUCUGGAUGGGGCAAGUUCCCCGGGAGGAGAUGACACUUUCGUCACCUGUAUGUCCAACAACAGGCAGAGUGUCCUUUCAGUGACCUCCUCGGGGCCGUGCUCGGAUUCUUUGAGUACUUCGGGGCUUGAAGACUCUUGCACAGAGACCAUCUCAAGCCCUGGAGGCAAAGGUAUCACCCCACCACUGCCAGACAGUACUGAGCCCUUCAGCAAUGGGGUGCUGAAGGGGGAGUUCUCAGACUUGGGGACUGAGGAUGGAUGGACCAUGGAUGCAGAAGCAGAUCACUCAGGAGGUUCUGACGGGAACAGCAUGGAUUCAGUGGAUAGCUGCUGUGGUCUUACGAAGCCUGACAGCCUCGAGAAUGUCCAGGCAAGCUCCAACCCUAAGAAGGUUGACCUCAUCAUCUGGGAGAUUGAGGUGCCAAAGCACUUAGUGGGUCGACUGAUUGGCAAGCAGGGUCGGUACGUGAGUUUUCUGAAGCAGACAUCUGGUGCCAAGAUCUACAUCUCCACCCUGCCUUACACCCAGAAUAUCCAGAUCUGCCACAUAGAAGGCUCUCAGCAUCAUGUAGACAAAGCUCUGAACUUGAUCGGGAAGAAGUUUAAGGAACUGAACCUCACCAAUAUCUAUGCUCCACCACUGCCUUCGCUGGCGCUGCCUUCCCUGCCGAUGACGUCUUGGCUCAUGCUGCCCGAUGGUAUCACCGUGGAAGUCAUUGUGGUCAACCAGGUCAACGCAGGGCACCUGUUUGUACAGCAGCACACACACCCCACCUUCCAUGCGCUGCGCAGCCUGGACCAGCAGAUGUACCUCUGUUACUCUCAGCCUGGAAUCCCCACCUUGCCCACCCCAGUGGAAAUAACGGUUAUCUGCGCUGCCCCUGGUGCGGACGGGGCCUGGUGGCGAGCCCAAGUAGUGGCCUCCUAUGAGGAGACCAAUGAGGUGGAGAUUCGCUACGUGGACUAUGGUGGAUAUAAGAGGGUGAAAGUCGACGUGCUUCGGCAAAUUAGGUCUGACUUUGUGACCCUGCCAUUCCAAGGAGCAGAAGUCCUUUUGGACAGUGUGGUCCCACUGUCAGAUGACGAGCACUUUUCAGCCGAGGCAGACGCAGCCAUGAGCGAGAUGACAGGCAACACAGCCUUGCUGGCCCAGGUGACAAGCUACAGUACGAACGGCCUUCCUCUGAUUCAGCUCUGGAGUGUGGUUGGAGAUGAAGUGGUGCUGAUAAACCGGUCGCUGGUGGAACGAGGCCUUGCACAGUGGGUGGACAGCUACUAUGCCAACCUCUGACCUCGGCUCCCUGGGCUACACCAGGAUUUUUUGCACUGUAUUAGAUUGGGCUUGGCACUCAGGACAGAGAUUUAACAUCAGAGUAACAAA